AUGGAAGCAGCAAUCUCGGCGCAGAAGCUGCACGAAACAGCUGCCAAUAGCAUCUUUGGACGACACAUGCUCUGUGGCGUGAAUCGGUGCAGUUUUUCCCCUGAUUCGCCAUCGGGAGAAUCAUCGGCAGCAGCUGACACUCGUUCGGCAGUGUACGCUGUGAAACGCAGAAAUGAGGUUGCUGGCGAUCGUAGCUGUCCUCGUCGUGCUGAACUGGACCGGCGCCAGUUUCAUAUCCAGCUGCAAGGUUACUCCGGAGUGGCUGAUGAAGCGUUUGUGAGCAAAAAUGGCUACUUCAGCGUCAGCGACUGUUCCCCGGACAGAUACUCGAAGCCAGAACUUUACAUACUACACACCUGCAAACACAACGAAAGACGUCGCUUAAAAGUGGAUAUUCCAAGCGGUACCGGUGGUCACAAUUUCGAAAAUACGAUUAACCUACUAGGCUAUUUCCCUGGUGAAACCGAUCAUCCGUUCGAUAACACUCCUCCAUGCCAGGUGUGA